GCGGCGGCGGCGGGGGCAGCCGGUGUGGGGUGGUGGUGCCGGUGGUGCCGGUGCGGCGGGCGCUGUUCGGCGAGGCGGGAUGCGGGCGGCCCACGGGCUUUGCGCGGCGCUGGCCCUGCUCCUGCUGCCGGCCGGUGGCCGAGCGCUGCGCGACGGGGACUGCGAGGUGUGUGUCACAUUCCUGGGAAGGUUCUACCAGAGUCUAAAGGACAAUGACGUUGAAUUCACACCUUCCAGUAUUGAAAAGGAGCUCUUGAAAUCCUGCAAAGAAGCAAAGGGCAAAGAGAAUCGUCUGUGUUAUUACAUUGGGGCCACAAGUGAUGCAGCCACCAAAAUUAUUAACGAGGUAUCAAAGCCCAUGAGUCACCACAUCCCUGUGGAAAAGAUCUGUGAGAAGCUAAAGAAGAAAGACAGCCAGAUCUGUGAACUAAAAUACGACAAGCAGAUCGACCUGAGCACUGUCGACCUGCGCAAGCUGCGCGUCAAGGAGCUGCGGCGGAUUCUGGAUGACUGGGGCGAGGUGUGCAAGGGCUGUGUCGAGAAGUACGACUUCAUCCGCAGGAUCCACGAACUGAUGCCCAAGUACGCGCCGAGGGCGGCCGGCGCUCGGACAGACCUCUGAGGGCCGAGAUCGGGGCGAUCCUGGGGCUCUGAGGGGGCGAGACCGGGCCUGUGAGGGGACUGUGAGGGGCGACCUCGAGGCUCUGAGGGGCGACGCCGGCCCCGCGCUUUGUACGGGACUUUCAUUAAAGUUCGCCGGUGUGUACCGGG